AUGGCAGCUCUCGCCAGCUCUCUCAUUAGACAGAAACGGGCGGUCAAGGACGACCAAGCCAACCGACCGGUAGCCAACAAGCGCAAGCCCUGUCCUAAGAGCAACAAGUCCUUGUGCCAGAAACAGAUCCUGGUCCUGAUCUCCAAAGUGCGACUAUGCGGGGGUCGAAAAGGUCGGAAUGAGAAAAGACCGGAGCCGCAGCUGAAAGGCAUUGUUACUCGGCUAUUCAGCCAACAUGGAUACUACCUGCAGAUGCAGCCUGAUGGCACCAUGGAUAGCACAAGGGACGAAAGCAGCUCAUUUUCACAGUUCAACCUAAUUCCAGUGGGACUGCGGAUUGUGGCAAUCCAGGGGGCAAAGACAGGAUUAUACCUCGCCAUGAAUAGUGAAGGAUACCUGUAUACCUCGGAGCACUUCACUCCGGAGUGUAAGUUCAAGGAGAGUGUGUUUGAGAACUACUAUGUUACAUACUCCUCCAUGCUCUAUCGUCAGACCCAGUCUGGCCGCUCCUGGUAUAUCGGUAUCAACCGUGAUGGGCAGGUCAUGAAGGGCAACCGGGUAAAGAAGACCAAAGGAGCUGCGCACUUCCUGCCUAAAGUUAUAGAGGUUGCGAUGUAUAAGGAGCCAUCGCUACACGAGCUCGCCAGCGAACCAGUGAGUCCUCCUCGGAAGACAGUGAAGACAUCAGACUCGCCGUCCCUAAAGAAUGGACGGAAAGAAGCUCCCAAGGCUGAUGCAUCAUAG